CAGUCUGGCAACGCCGCUUUCGAACGCAUGCUCCGAUUUGCGAACUCCUCCAUUUUCUCGUUCCUAGCGGCUUUCAUCUCCAUCGUGGCCGUUGCUUUUCUCAUCGAUUAUUCGCAAACUCGAGCAGAUUUAAAAUAAUCAAUUGUGAUUAUCAAGGCUAGUGAUAACAUACACAAAGCAAAAUGAGUAAAGAUACCGCCGCUCCUGCGAUUACUUUCGAAAAAUGCACCGUUAUAGUUCUGGACGUUGCCGGCACCACGAGCUCCAACAGUUUUAUUAAGGAUACUCUCUCGCCAUAUGUAACCAAGCAAGGUGAGGAAUUUCUGAAGGAGAAAUGGGAAGACGAAACCGUAAAGGCAGCCGUGAAGCAGCUGAAGGACGACAUUUCGGAUGCUGAGGGCGCUUUCAAACUCUUGAAGGAACUCACGGAAAAGGAGGAUAGCAACGAGGGAUUGAAGACUUUGCAAGGACUGAUCUGCAAGAAGGGAUAUGAAAGCGGAGAUUUGAAAGGACACGUCUUCGCUGAUGUCCCAGCUGCCUUGGAAUCCUGGAGUAAAGCUCGUAAAGUCGCAAUCUACUCCACUGGCAGUGUAGAAUCUCAGAAACAACUGUUCUCGCACACCGUGGAAGGCGAUCUCUCUAAGCACAUUUCCAAAUACUUUGACCAAUCGACUGGAAGCAAGACUGAAUCGAGUAGUUACGAAAAAGUUGCCAAGGAACUAGAAACUAAGGCUGAGGAGGUGCUAUUUAUCACUGAUAGUGCUGAAGAGGGAAAAGCUGCCAAAACAGCUGGCAUGCACGUAGCCCUUGUAAAACGUGAGGGUAACGAAAGCCUUCCUGAAGAUGCCGCCAAGGAAUUCACCGUGAUCUCCAGCUUCAAGGAAAUAUCUUUCGAGAAUCCGUCUAAGCGUAAGAACAUUGAGGAAUCCGCACCAGCUGAGGUUCGUUCUAGUAAAAGUAGGAGGCAUAAGUAGUUAGAGAUGGUAGUGGGUAGAUAAAAAGUAUGGUAUGGAGUGGUACAGGAAAUCAUUUAAAUGCUCUUGUUUUCGUAGUGAAUGGCUUGUUUUGGUACAAGUUGGUAGUUUGAGGGGGCAUGCUUCUAUAGCUUGAGGUAGCUGUCAAUUUUAUGUUUAAACGUCCUCAGCUCAGAAUAACGUCAAGUUGCUUUUUAUCUCCGCGCCAAAAUUUCGAAAAUGAGGUUUUUUGGAUGUACGAUAUGCGACUUUGAAAAUACCGGUCGGAUUUUGAUGAAAUUUUGACACAAGGUUACGGAUAUGCUAAGGAAGAAAAAAUAUAUAGUUUUUGGAAAUCGAUCCAUUGACGACGGAGCUGUAGGCAAACGGAAUGAUAACAGUCCCUCAAACCCAGUUGUUCACGUUUCAGAAGCUUCUGAUCAUUUUCAGAUAUGUUUCAAGAGUUUAAAGUUGGGGGUGGGAGAGGGUAUAUCUCAAUAGUUUGGUGUUAGUAAUUCUGUGCACUUAUUUCAUACAUUAUAGAUUUUUUUGUAGCGUUAUGUCCUAAAAGUUUUGACACAAAAUAUUUAUCGGAUUUUUUUAAUGAAGAAAUUUAUUUAAACAGUAACUAGUUAUCAUAAAUUACGGCUCAAUACUUAACAAUACAUAUCGAAAUAUGUGGAGUGGCCCAUUCUGCUCUACCAGACGCAACUUUCUUCGAAUGCCCCUCAUGAGGUCCUGGUCGGAAUUCAUAUCAAUUUCUCAAAGUUUGUCGCAAAUUCGCCGUCUUAAUUGUUCUUCAUCUUUGGCUUCCCAGCGUCCAUGAUAAACCUUCCUAGACAGUAAAGCCCAGAAAUUUUCAAAGCUUCACCUGUCACUCUUAGCGCAAAAGGUUGUGAUACACCCCUGUUAGAAAUUGCGCACUAGACAAGGAUUUUAUCUGCAAAUUUCACUUUAUAAGGGGGAUUUUUGGCCCCAAAAUUUGCAUAUGUAUUUUAAACUUUCAUUUUUCUCCUGGUUUCAGUACUUGAUUGUUUUUUAAAAGCUUCUAAUUCAUGGUUUCAACAUUUUUGUCCAAAAUUCGCGCAUUUUCAAUUAUAUAACAAAACAUAGUAAAAUACAAAACAUAAAAAAGUGUUGCUCCACUACGCAAACAAAAGUUGAGACAAAUCUAUCCACACUUAUGAUGAGACUGCAACUUUUAUUUUCAAUGUAAGCACAGUAAUACCACUUUUGUUUCCAUAUUAUGUUCUGAUUUCAUUGUUUCAUUAUAGGUUUGAAGUAUUGCAACUAUAUACUAAUAUUCAAACACGGGUGAAGAUUGAACAAAAACGCCAAAAUUACGAACGUUGGGGGUUUAAAGAAAAACAAUAAACUGCUAAAUUAAAAAAGAAAAUCAACAUUUUUUUUAACAUGAAAUUUUAAUUAUUCUAAAAUAUAUAAAAUCAAAAUUUUCACGAUUCUGAUCAACUUGAAAUAUGUUAUUUUCAUGGCCAAAAACCCCUCUGAAAUACUCAUUUUGUUAUAGGGUGCGUCAUCUAUUACUUUUUUCUAUUUGAAAAAUGAAUACGCUUUUUACGAGGUGAAAUCGAAUUUUUUUAUUGAUAAAUGAAGGUUGUUUUAUGCCAUUUAUGUAUGAAAAAUAACAUCAAUCAUCAUCAAAAUUUUCAAUGACUUUUCCCAGAAUAAUCGGGUGUAUGGCCGCAAUUUCAGUCCGAAUAUUGCGCUUUAGGUCUUUGAAUUGUCCGGGGACCGUUCCCAUACACUUUUCCUUUCAAAAAUCCCCAAAGAAAAUAGUCAAGAGGUGUUAAAUCUUGCACGAUCUCGGGGGCCAACUGACAUCUGAAUUUCGUGACAUUAUGCGGUCUUGAAAUUUCGUGUGCAAUAAGGCGAUUGUUUGUCGAGAUGUGUGAGCCGUUGCUCCGUCUUGAUCAAACCAAAGAUCGUCGGCACCAAUAGGAUCCAAUUGUGGCCACAAAAAGUCUGUUAACAUGCCGCCAUAACGUUCCCCGUUGACGGUAAUGGCCUUUUCUUCGGCAUCUUCAAAGAAGAAUGGUCCAACCCAUAAUCCGCACCAAACAGUCACUUUUUCAGCAGGGAGAGGUUGUUCAUGAUAUUGGUGUAGAUUUUCAACCCCUCAGAAUCUGCAAUGUUGCUUAUUUACGUACCCGUUGAGGUGAAAAUGAGCCUCAUCAGAAAAGAGCACUUUGGCCGAAAAUCCGUCUUCUCUUUCCAGCAUCCAAUAAACAAAAACACGCCGCUGUUGAUGGUCUGCCGGCUUCAAUUCCUGUGUUAGUUGGAUUUUGUAUGGAUUGAGGUGUAAAUCAAUGUGUAAAAUCCGGCAUAAAGUGGUAUCACUAAUUACCAAUUGUUGCGAACGGUGCCUAGUCGAGGUGGUUGGUUGGAUCUUCUUGCACACUUUCACUCACUGCGGCUAUGUUUUCACUAGUUCGAGCUGGACGAGCAUGUUGGUUUGGUCUACGACAUUCAGCUGAACCAGUUUCCUCAAAACGAUUAACAAUCCAACGAAUUCCAGGCUCUGAAGGGCGUCCAUGUCGGCCAAAAUUAGUGGGAAGAUUCAUGAGUUGUGAUCAACUUGAACUAUGUUAUUUCCAGCGCCAAAAAGUUCGCUGAAAUACUCAUUUCGUUAUACAUAUAAAUGAAAAGCUAAAUAACGAAAGGGUGUCGAAUUUUAAAUCUGACUUAAUUCUAGUAAAUAUGUUGAUGAACCAUUGAUACUCGGCAAGUCCAAUUAGUUUAAAAUAUUUCAUUUUCUGGCCAGUAUAUUUUGUAUGAACUUUACGGAAGUUAAUUGCAGUGUUAGCAUUUCGUACCUAUUCAGAUUCAAUCCGAAUCAAAAAUAGGCAUUUUUUGAGGAAGCAUAAGUUGAUAAAUUUAAAAAUGGUCAUAUGCAGAUAAAAUACAGUUUCCUGUACUGCCCAUCCGUGAUACGUUUUGCAUGCGUAUAAAUUUGAAUUUGUAAAUUUUGUAGUUAGAUGUAGCUGUUGUGCGACAUUGCAAAGUGUAAAUAUGUAUAUUUGUUAUAAUAUAAUUUAAUAAAUAAAUAUAUUUUCUUAA